AUGGCGAGGCACCAGGCCGACCUUGUCAGGUGCGCGCGGCUCCCGGGCGUUACCGCCGGCCGCGUCUGCGCCGCGCACGACGGCCGGUGCGUGGCGUGUGACUCCAUGGUGCGGCCCGCCGCGCUCGCCCGCGUCUGCGACGGCUGUGGGCAGCGCGGCGGAGGCGAGAGGUGCGUGGUGUGCCGCGCCGGAGGAGUGGCAGACGCGUGCUACUGCAAGGGGUGCGUGCAGAUGGAGAAGGACCGGGACGGCUGCCCGGCUGUCGUCAACCUCGGCGAGGCGCGGACGGACGCCUUCCACGAGCGGAACAAGUACGGCUUGAUCAAAUGA